AUGUGGCUGCAGCAGCGGCUGAAGGGGCUGCCGGGGCUGCUCUCCAGCAGCUGGGCGCGGCGGCUGCUGCUGCUGCUGGCGCUCCUGCUCGUCGCCUACUGGUACCUGGGGGCGGUGCGGGUGCGGCGGGGCGCGGGGCGGGGGACCGAGCCCCGCGGCGCCGCCGCCCUCUGCCUGCAGGCGGCCACGGGCGCCUGGCGGGCGCAGGCCGAGCGCGGCGAUGCGCUGCCGCUGCCGGAGGAGGCGGCCGGGGCCGGCGGCGGGCCGGGGCCGGGCCUGGCGCUGGCGGGCAACGGCUUCCUGCUGCUGGACGUGGCCGCCGGCCGCCUCUGGGUGUCGGCGGCGGGAUCCGGCGGCGGCCCGGCGCUCGCCACCGAGUACCCGGCGCUGGUGCGGCUAAGGGCGCUGGGCGGGCGCGGCGAGGCGCGGGCGGCGCUGGCGGCCCUGCGGGACGGCGCCGUGCGGCGGGUGCGGUGCGUCCAGACGGGGUCUGGGGCGGGCGCCGGGGACUGCGUGACGGUGCGGGAGGAGGUGGUGGCCCACCGGAGCCGGCCGCAUCUCUACCUGCAGCGCAUCCGCAUUGCCAACCCCACCGAGCGGGUGGCUGCUUUCGAGGCCUCGGCCCCAGCUUCUGCACCCUCGCUGGGCGGCCGCUUCACCACCAGCCUGGAGAAGGUGGAGGAGCGGCAGUUCCUGCUCUCCUCCGGUCGCCUGCUACUGGCCGGGAGCCCCAAGGUGGUGCUUAUGGUGGUGGCUGCCAAGAAGCUCGUGAGCCGGGUGCAGGUGGCGCCCAAAUCCCACUUUGAUGAAACCGUGCUCUCCGUGGUGUACACCUCAGAGCCCAUCGAGGUCUCCAGGCUGGAGGAGACCUUCAGCAAGCUGAGGGAGUCGGCCAAGAAAGAGAUGCUGGAGGUGAUGCAGAUGGGGGUGGAAGAUCUUUUCCAGGAGCACCAACAGACCUGGUCUGACCUGUUCAUUUCAGGGGUUGAAAUGAGAAAGAUCACAGAUUCGCAUACACCAUCCAGUGAGACUGUUAACAUGACCCUCUACUAUGUGCUGUCAAGCAUGCCAGCUCCUCUCCUAGAUCCACUCAUUAGUGGUGAGGACAGAGAAAAAAUGGAAGCCAGCUUGAACUAUGCUGACCACUGCUUCAGUGGCCACGCGACCAUGCAUGCAGAGAACCUGUGGCCAGCAAAGCUGACUAGUGUCACGCAGAUCUUGCAGCUCUCAGACCUGUGGAAGCUAACUCUCCAGAAACGGGGAUGCAAGGGUCUUGUGGCAGCUGGAGUCCAUGGACUUAUGCAGGGAAUGGUGCUUAGUUUUGGGGGUCUGCAGUUCACAGAAAACCAUCUUCAGUUUCAGGCUGACCCUGAUGUACUUCAUAACAGCUAUUCCUUACGUGGGAUCCAUUACAAUAAGGACUUGAUUAAUCUAGCUGUUCUGCUGGAUGCUGAAGGAAAGCCCUUCUUGCAUGUGUCUGUGAAAUUCCAAGACAAGCCAGUUAGACUAUAUGCGUGUGAGGCAGGCUGUAUGAAUGAGCCUGUGGAGCUGACCUCAGAGGCACGAGGUCAUACGUUCCCCGUCAUGGUGACUCAACCCAUCACACCACUGCUUUAUAUAUCGACAGAUUUGAUCCACUUGCAGGACCUGAGACACACGCUCCAUCUAAAAGCUAUUCUGGCUCAUGAGGAACACAUGGCCAAGCAAUACCCAGGCUUACCCUUCCUGUUCUGGUUCAGCGUGGCCUCCUUAAUCACAUUGUUUCACUUGUUUCUGUUCAAACUCAUCUACAACGAAUAUUGCGGGCCAGGAGCCAAGCCGCUCUUCAGGAGUAAGUGCAAAAAGCCUUGCAGUUUACAGCAAACAAGUCUGUUGCCUCGUCUUAAUUGGACCUACUUAAAAUGAAGGUGAUGCAGAACUUGAUUCCAGAAACAGGGAUGAAGUGGAAGCCAGCUGAAGCUCAAAAUCUGUAGCAGUAAGCAAGAUUAAUGGUGUUGAAAUAACACCUUGUUUCAUUAAUUGAAUGGGAACAUCCCAGUGUCCAAGUGAACUUAGUCCUGCUUUCAGCCUCCAUUUGCACAAGACAUCUGACAAUUUUCCAACUGAGAACAAGGACCUUUUGAAAGCAACAAUCCUUUUGUGCCUUGUUAAGAGAGGAAUCUGAGACUUGGAAGGUGUGGUUAUUCAAGAGUUUAUCCCAGAAGCUGUGUAACAGAUGUUUCUUUUUCCUUGUAAGCUGUUCAGUCCCCUAAGAGUAAUCCAUUUGCUGAAAAUACUUGAAGAUACACCAAGUCCUUUGAUAAUUUGAUUUGGUUUUUAAUUUUACAGGAAAAUAAAGAAUGAUGAUUCCCUUCAGAGAGUUAACUUAACUAGGAAACUUUAGUGUAACUUCCUUUCUGUUAUACAUUUUUUUAAUUUAUUGCUUGGGGGGAGGGGGAGGAUGUUAAUAAUUUUGCCUCCACUUCAGUAACAAGUUAGUCAAUUGAACUGUAGAUAUCUAAGUGCUGGUAACAGGUUUUUCAGCCUUUAUGAUUGUAGAGUGCAAAACCAAUUUAAUGAAAUUGUUUUCUGGAUUUACACUUGGAAAUGUUGAUCUGCAGGUUUCCUAUUCUAAGCAUAUUGAGACUUUGUGCAUUGAUUUGUUUUGGCUAUGGGGGGAGACAUCUCACUUUCUAGUGAUUUAAAGGUCGUUUGGUUUUAAAAUACCAAAGCUGUUGUUUCUAAAUAAAUAUAUUUCAGUCUAAUCUGA